AUGCCCCCCAACCCGCCCAAAACCACAAUAUCAAACGCAAACUACGGCCUAGUGGGCACUCUCAAACCAUGCACAGUCCCCUCGACCAACAGCACCAACCCGCACCAAAAAGCGUGGAACGCCGAAUCCUACGCCUUCCUCCAAUCCCACUGCCCCCCAACCGCCAACCCAGCCCUCUGGCACCAAAGCCAACUAACAUCCAUCCACGGCCUCUUCGAAGUAACCGCAGGCGUCUACCAGAUCCGCAACUUCGACCUCUCAAACAUGACCAUCGUUGAAGGCGACACCGGCAUCCUAGUCGUCGACCCGCUGACCUCCAUUGAGACCGCCGCCGAGGCUCUCGCCCUGUACCGCAGCGUGCGCGGCGAAAGACCCGUUUCGGCGCUUCUUUACACCCAUUCGCAUAUCGACCAUUUCGGGGGCGCGCUGGGCAUUCUGCCGCCCUUGCCGGGUGGAGCUAAGUAUGAUAUUCCGAUUAUUGCGCCUGUUGGGUUUGUGGCCGCGGCUAUGGAUGAGAACUUGUUGGUGGGGAGGGCGAUGGCGAGGCGCACUAUGUUUGUUUAUGGGAGUUCGUUGGCGAGGGAUGCGGGGGGCACUGUUGGGUGUGGGAUUGGGAGUGGGGUUUCGACGGGGGAGGCGUCGUUUAUUCCGCCGAAUCUGGAGGUCAAGUAUAGUGGGGAGGAGAGGGUUGUUGAUGGGGUGAGGAUUGUGUUUCAGGUUGUAGAGGGGGGGGAGGGGGGGAUGCAUGCUGUUUCGUCGUUGCGGGGGGGCAGAGCCGUUGAUGUGAAGCGGUUGUCGAGGGUUUUGGAUGAGGCGUUGGUUCUUUUUGGGGAUGAGGCCGAGGUUCUUUGUUUGGGGCAUACUUGGCCUGUUUGGGGGACGGAGGAAAUUGGGAAGGUUGUUGCUGGGCAGAGGGAUUUGUAUGCUUAUUUGCAUGAUCAGACGGUGAGGCUGAUGAAUCGGGGUCUGAAUGGGGCUGAGAUUGCUGAGGCUUUGGAUCUCCCGGUUGGUUUGCGGGAUGUCUGGCAUGCGCAGGGCUUUUAUGGCUCUGUGAGCCAGAAUGUCAAGGGCAUCUACCACCGGUAUAUGGGGUGGUUUGAUGGUGAUGCUGCACGUCUCUGGGAGCAUCCGCCUGCUGAGAAUGCGAAGCGAUAUGUGUUUGCUCUGGGGGGCAUUGACAAGGUCAUUGACAAGGCGGAACACUUUGCUCAUGAAGGUGAUCUUCGCUUUGCGGCGACUUUGCUCGGUCAUGCAGUCGCUGCCGAACCCCUGCAUGCUGCAGCCACAGAGGCAUUGGCGGGGGUGUAUACAAGUCUUGGCUUUGGGGCGGAAAAUGCCACUUGGCGGAACUUUUAUCUCUCGGCAGCUCAGAGUCUGGGCACAAUCCCCGGUUUGCAGUUCAAGACAUUGGGGUCUGGUAUGAAGAUCGGACAGUCUGUGGAUCAGUGGCUGGAUCUAUUGGCGAUUCGAUUGAAUGGGCCCCGGGCCGGAACCGAGUGCUUUGCUCUUGAUCUCCAUGUUAUCGAUGAACAGAGGUGGUGGCGGGUAAAUCUGAGCAACGGCGCUCUGACACACAGGAGUGCGCUUGCGCAAGAUGGGUUUAGUGGUGUUUCAGGGCAGACCCUAGUCCUCCAGAAGAAAGAGUUAUUUGACAUCCUGGGUGGCGUUGGGCGUGCACAGUCGGGCCAGUCAGAGUCGACAUUAUUAGAGAAGUUGUUGUCGUUGAUUGAGGAGUAG